GAGAGAGAGAGAGAGAGAGCGGCGCGCGAGACCCGGCCCAGGUGGACGCACGAGCCCGAACGUCCGCAGGAGGGAGGACCGAAACACGGAAAAAGGAAAGACGAAGAAGAAAAAGGAGGAGGAUAAACACCGCGCCUUCCUUCCUCCUCUGCCUCCUCCGCAGCGGACACAUUCCCAGAGACCGACGCCUGUUGGUGCGAACAGCUGAUCCAGGAAGAAAGGAAGAAGAACAGGCCAGAGGACCGCAGCAGGAGAUGGAGAAAGAGAAAGAGAAGGCGGCAGAGCCGCAGCUGAAAGGCAUCGUGACGCGUCUCCACAGCGAGCAGGGCUUCUACCUCCAGAUGCUGCCCGAUGGGACCAUCAGCGGCUGCAAAGACGAGAACAGCGACUACACUUUGUUUAACCUGAUCCCUGUGGGGCUUAGGGUGGUGGCCAUCCAGGGAGUGAAGGCCGGCCUCUAUGUGGGCAUGAACGCCGAGGGAUUCCUCUACACAUCUGAUGUUUUCACACCAGAAUGUAAGUUUAAAGAGUCUGUGUUCGAAAACUACUACGUCAUCUACUCAUCCACCCUGUACCGGCAGCAUGAGUCCGGCCGGGCCUGGUUCCUGGGUCUGAACAAGGAAGGAAUCAUCAUGAAGGGGAACCGAGUGAAGAAGACUAAACCCUGCUCACAUUUCGUCCCCAGGCCUAUUGAAGUUUGCAUGUACAAGGAGCCGUCUCUGCAUGAGCUUGAGGAGAAGCUGCUGAAGUCUUCACGAAGCCCGACGCUGAACAGUGGCCGUGCCAGGAGCUUGGAUCGACCGGCGCGGGGGUCUGCCCACUCCUCCACAGAGCGGGAGGCGUCAUAGCCUGCGGCGCCCCCCCAGCAGGUGCAGACGGAAGAGGACGAGAACCAUUUUAACAAUCCCUGUGUUCAGCAACUACAACCACACCGACGACAACCAACCCGCCAAGACAACAAUGACGAAGAAAACAGCGUAAAAAAGAUUUUAAAAAUGGGGAAAUUCUUCUUGCUUGUUAUGAAAUAAACGAGCAAGGGCGUGGGGGAGGGGCUUGCUCGGAAACAAAAAAA